AUUAUGCUGUUCUUAGAACGUACAGUAGGUGGCAGUAGUACUCAUAAGAUGUAGAUGACCAAUAGACAAAAAGAAGAAAGAUCCAAAAUGGCGACGCCCAUGCAUAGAUUGAUUGCUCGUAGACAAGCAGAGGCAAACAAACAACAUGUUCGUUGUCAGAAAUGUCUGGAAUAUGGACAUUGGUCUUACGAAUGCACAGGGAAAAGAAAGUACCUUUAUCGACCAUCCAGGACAACAGAGUUAAAAAAGAAACUGAAAGAGAACGAGAACAAAGCUGCAGAUGAAAAUGGACCUAGAAUAUUGCCAGUAAGUGACAAAAAGACAAAGAAGAAAAGUUCUGACAGUAGCAGUAAUGACUCUUCAAGCUCUUCCAGUGACUCUUCGUCAGACAGCAGUGAUUCGUCCAGCUCCUCAUCCUCAUCUGAAGACAGCAGCAGUGACAGUGAGGACAGUUCCAGCCCAUCUUCAUCCUCAUCUUCCUCAACUUCUGAUUCAGAUUCCUCAAGCAGUUCUGACCAAGGCCCGCCAAAAAAAAGAAAGAAGAAGAAAUAAACGACAAAUUCAUCUAAUUUAAACAGAAUUCACAUAUAGAACAUACUGGUCAAGUUACUCCAACAAAAGCUCCUGCAAAGUUUUGAAUCUUUCUCUAGCAUCUUCGUUCAUGCACAAGAAUAUGGACUCUGUAGCCUCUUUCCUUUGCCUUUUUAUAAGGGAAAGUGAUAAAUGAAUAUAGAGGGAUUGAGACAAAUAUCCUGUUUUUGUAGAAAUGUAAAUUCACACACAUCCCAGGCAUGUUAUUGUGUGUUUCAGUUUUAUCUUAUUUCUUUUUAUUUUGCCCAACAUUUGAUAUUUUCCCAGAGUGUAUGCAGCUGGUGACAUUUUCUUUAUUCCUUUCUAUCACCUUUUCUUGAAAUCAGAGAUGCUCAGUCCUGUUCCUGGAGAGCUGCCUUUCUAAAAAGAGAAUAACACUCCUUAUUGGAAUUUACAAAUUAUUUCUAGAUUUGAUUGUCUGGUUCAGAUGUGCUUUUGAAGUUGGAUCUAUACUCUGCAGAAAGGUAGAUCUCCCGAAGAAAGACUUGACACUACUGAUUUAUAUUAUACUGAAGUUGAUCUUUUUGCUUUUCAGUGCAUUUUUAAGGGACAGAUACUAUGUAUGAGUUGUGUUGCACAAACAGGUUGGGCAAUGUGUUUUAAAAACAAUUGUCUACUGAAAUAAAACAUUUUUAAGGUAGAAAUGUGUCCUUCUGUGAGAUGUAAAUAUGGUAGACUGUAAUUAAAAUGAACAAGUUUGCUUUAGGUUUACAUUCCUUCAUAAAGAACAAUAGCCAUUAAAAAAUUCUGAUACAUAAACCAUACACAAUGGCCAUCAUCGGUGACCAAAUAUAUAUUUUUUUGCCAAUUAUGUUAUCAACAAUAAGGUUCUAUUUAUGCGUUCUGGCGCAAUAUGGCUGCCGUCGCAUCAUCCAGGUGGAUGCUGCACAUUGGUGGUUGUUGAGGAGAUCCCCUUCUAUGUAAAGUGCUUUGAGUGUCCAGAAAAGCGCUAUAUAAAUGUAACGAAUUAUUAUUACCACUUUUAUUUUUUACUAGUAAGAAGAAUAGAAACAUUUUAUUUUAACACAGCAAACUAGAGAUGGGACGUUUGACACUAAGGCUUCGAAGCCUGUUUUACUCUAUUGAAGCAGACUGGUUCGAAACUGUGUAGAAGCUUGUAUCAAUGUAUGUGAUCACGUGACCGAUGACGUUUGAGGCUUCAU